ACGAGGUCCUCCUUUCCCUGGACACGUCCUACAUUUUCGGCCCGGGAGGAUUCCCAAAUGUUCUCCGCUCUGAGCUUUUGCUCUUCCCCUCCGAGAAAUGGAUCUCCUUGGUGCAAAUCUGGGACAAGAUAAGAAGAGAGAUCUGCUCUCACCUUUGAGGCUCAAUGAAAGAAAGAAGUUGGCAGCAGGAGGAGCCUGCCUAGGCUCCAGUCUCCUUCCUCAGAUGCAUUUGGCGGAGGGGAAAUGGCAUCGGAGGAAGCAGGCUUUAGUCUAGGAAAGCCCCUGCUGCUGCUGCUGCUGCUGCCAACUGCUUCCUUUCAUUGAGGCUCAAAGGUGCUGCAAGAGCUCUCCCUUUCUCUGCCUAAAUGGUUCCACAGACCAAGAAGGCGGUAUCUUUGAAUUCUCGCACAAGGGAGAAGACAGGCCCUUCCAGAGUCCCAUUUCUUCGGAUGAACAGCGGGCAGGACUCGCACCCAGAGCUCAGGGCGAGUUCGUUUCUCGGAGGCAACAGGGCUGCAAAUGCUGAAAGGGCUUUCUCCCUUAAUUUGAGCCCAAUGGAGAAAGGAAGGGAAGGGCGAGGGGUAUAUUGCAAAAGGCAGCAAGGCAUCAGCUAUGUCUGGCUGCAAAGACCCCGCCCGCCGUGGCUCCUGCCUCUCCGUGUCCCUCGCCGGUCCUCCGGGGGCCGCCGGUGCCUUUGCCAGCGGUGCUGCCCCAGGGCCGCCCUCCUCCUCCUCUUCCUGCGGCGUCGCCCUUUUAAGCAGCCGGGGCUUCUGUUUACAAGGCGAGCCGGACGGGCGUCACGUGGCCUCCAGCUGCUCCGGCCGACGCCACCCGACCCCGCCGACGCCGAUCCUCUGGAAGGAAGGAAGGAAGGGCCAGGCAGCCCAGUCCCCCAAACCCCGAUGGAUCCCCCCCGGGAGGACCCCCUGAUGCUGCUCCGCGGCUCCUGGGUGGAAGUGGCCCCCUUCGGCGCCCCGGACCAAGAGGAGGACCAAGAGGAGGACCUCCGCCUGGAGGCCAUCCUCCGCGAGGCCCAGAUGGAGCCAUCGCCAUCGGCGCCCGAGCCGCAGCAGCAGCAUCGCCGGGGCGGCGGGUGGGUCCCCUGGCCGAGGGCCCCAGGGCCAAGGAAACCUCCGGCCCCCGUUGAAGAGCCCGAUCUGCCCCCGAGAACCCCCUCCGGGCCGGGCAAGGCAGGGCAGAGGGCAGCCCUCCAACCGAGGGCCCCCCCGGCAUCCAAGGACCCUCCGAGGAGGAACGGAGCCCCGCCGGAAAGAAGGAAGACCCGAGAGGCCGCCCACUGCGCGACCCUGGACUGGCCCUGGCCCAGCCCCCCGGAGCCCCGGCUGCCCCCAAGGAGCUGUCCUGCGUGGGACCCCCGGCCUGCGCCCCCCGCUCGGCCGAAGAGGGGGCUGCGCGACCCCCAAGUGCUGCUGCUGGUGGGACCCUCGCUGCUGCUCAGCCACGUCCUGGCCCUGGGCCUCGGGAUCUGCCUCGGGAAGCGCCUGGCCGCCUCCUCCUCCCAGCGCCAUCUGACCACCCGGGACCCCCUCCCUGAGGGCAUCGGCCAGCCCCCCAGACCCGGCCCAGGACUCCUGCAGCUUCGCUCCCCAUGGAAGACCCUCGCCGCCUGCGAGACGACGACAAGACCCUGGGGGAAAGGGGCGGGUGGCUGUCUGUGCCCCCAAGUGUUGGUGGGCUCAGCCCACCCCCUCUGGAUUCCCCUCUGAAUCGGAAGGAAUUGGCCUGGGGGGCGGGGGUAGGGGGUACCUUCCCAAAAGGCUUCCUGGCCCCCCUCGGCCCUCAACACCCCUUCCUGGCAAAGUGCGAUCUGUGCCCCCCACAACCUUUGCUCCCCCACCAGCCAGCCCACAAGCCUUCUGCCUGCAAGCCCCCUCCCCAAUUGCCCCACUGACAAGAUGCCUGUGGGUCACGAAGAACCGACUCUUGGGGCGUGGCAAGUGAGACCCCCUCCCCAAAGGGAAGAGGGGGCGGGGGUGAGGGGACCGAAGAG